CCCGGAUGUGAAGUGGUUGUCAUUGCAAUGUUUCCAUGGCUAUGCUGUUUUCAAUGGAAGUGCAUGAUAUUUUUGGUUGGUACAGUAACGCCAGCUGAACCAUGAAAUGUCUCACUUGUCGACAGUGGGAAAAGAAGCAAUCCCGUUUCCUCCCGUUUACAGGAAACCACAGUAACUGCCACUGAUCGUAAGUUAAAGUAACGCCAUUCAUUUGUGGUAAAAUAGCUAAAUAGUCUUGUCGCUAGUUGAAUGUAGCAGAUUGCCUGGAGACCACAGAUUAUUCCAGGUUUGGACUCAUCGUUUACUGAUGGUUUUGCAAAAGGGUGUUUUCCAAUUCACCUCCUGGACUGAGCUAACAGCCCUUUGACAUGAUGACAGCGAUGGCCUUUGCAGCAAGAACAGUCCUUCUCAACCUGAGGUACACUUUCCAGAAAGCAGGCUCCUUUACCAGAACCAGACUCAUCCAGAGCUCCAGGACAUGUCUUGUUAAAAGAGGGCAGAUUUUAACCCAGAUACCCAAGGUUUCAUUGUUAUGUUGGGGUGCAGUCAAUGCAUCAUCCUGUGCAGCCAGACACCAGGAAGCAACUCUUCCAUCCCAAACUGCUGACAGAAAGUCUCUAGCCAAAGUCCAAGUGCACAAAGUUUUAUUUUUUUUCCGCCUCAGCCUUCGUGCAUUGGUGCUGCUCCUCAAAUUUGGCCCCCUUCUCCUGCUCUGCCCCUUAGCUCUGGUGUCCGCACGCUGGGCGUCUUGCUGGCUGGAUGCUCUGCUGUGGGUGACUGAAACAUCUGGUCCCACUUUCAUCAAGCUGGGGCAGUGGGCCAGCACCAGACGGGACAUCUUCUCUCAGGAGUUUUGCGAACGCUUCUCCAGGCUCCACGUAAAGGUGCACCCUCACUCCUGGGCCCACACCAAGCAGUGUCUCCGAAGGGCUUUCGGGGAGGGAUGGAGGAGGGUUUUAGUGUUUGAGAGCAAAGAGCCAGUGGGUUCGGGAUGUGUGGCACAGGUGUACAGAGGCUGGGCAAAGGCGGAUCAGGUGGAGGAUCCAGCCUUCCAGUCGCUGGUGGAGGAGAUGGAGAAAGAGGACUUGCUGGAAGCCUGGGAGAUCCCUGGUCUGGGAGGAGUGGCGCGCUCCCUGUGGCAGCUCUGGAGGGGGAGUAAGGAGGAGGAGGGCUAUGGGGAGAGAAGUCACCUAGAGGGGCAGCAGGAGGGGAGCAGUGCAGAGAAGGAGCGUCUGAUACCUGUAGCUAUCAAAGUGGUCCACCCAGGCAUCAGGAGGCAGGUAGAAACUGACCUACUGCUGAUGAAAGCGGGCAGUUGGCUCCUGCACUGCCUGCCCGGACUCAAGUGGCUCAGUCUGUGUGAGAUAGUAGAGGAGUUUGAAAAGCUCAUGACCAAACAGAUUGAUCUCCGUUUUGAGGCCAGGAACAUUGAGCGUUUCCGGGAUAAUUUUCGCGAUGUGGAUUACGUCAAGUUCCCAACUCCGUUACGACCAUUUGUCACCAGGACCAUUUUAGUGGAAACUUUUGAAGAGAGUGAGCCCAUAUCCAACUACCUGAGCUCUGAGAUUCCUCAGGAGGUGAAGCAGAGGAUAGCCAGGAUGGGAGUAGACACCAUGCUGAAGAUGGUCUUUGUGGACAACUUUGUCCAUGGGGAUCUCCAUCCCGGGAACAUUCUGGUCCAGUGUUGGGGGCCGCUCCCUGGUUCCAUUGACAGUACUGGUAUCUCAGGGGAGGCCCAUGGUAAGACCACCCUCACUGACUUGUGGGACACAGUGGUGGUCAGCGUCAGGCCAGACCCGUGUCCUCUCCAGUUGGUGCUGCUGGACGCCGGCAUCGUAGCCCAGCUAAGCGACCACGAUCUCGCCAACUUCAAGGCUGUCUUCACAGCUGUGGUGCUGCGUCAGGGUGAGCGAGUGGCAGAGUUGAUCCUGAAUCAUGCUCGGGCCAAUGAGUGCCAAGACGUGCCUCAGUUUAAGAAGGAGAUGGCCCAGCUGGUGGACCAUGCCCUCAGCAACACCCUCUCUCUGGGAAAGAUCCAAGUGGGUGACUUGCUCUCCAGAGUCUUUGGUCUACUCAUCAAACAUAAGGUGAAGCUGGAGAGUAAUUUCGCCUCCAUUGUGUUUGCCAUCAUGGUGCUGGAGGGUCUGGGCAGGUCACUCGAUCCGAACUUGGACAUUCUGGAUUUGGCCAAACCCCUGCUGCUAAAGAACUGUGCCUCAUUGCUCUGACACACACAUACAUAUACACACACACACACACUGCUUAAGCACAAUGGAUCACACACAGACAGGCACCUGUAAGUACACACACAGCUACUAAGCCCUUUAUACUGUAUACAUAUAAUACAUCGCUAUAGAUUCAGUACAUGUGUAUACUGCAUCUUCCUACAGUAAGAUAAGUAAGAUUCUACUGUGGAUAACAAGAUCACUGUCUCAUCACUACAUUUUAGCAGUGUUGAUGCCAUAAAUACCUCAUGGAGUUUUACAUUGGUGGUGUUUCCACUUUCAUUACUGUUACUCUUAAAUGUAACCUUCUACUGACUUUAGUACAAACAUUUCACCCACCAAAAUUUUAAGGUACCUCUGAGCUGAGAUUUUAUGCGCUUUACAUGAGGCAACACUUGUUUUAUUGAGUGCUAAUGGAGUCAGACACAUUGGCAGAGACACAGAUGGCAUUACAGACCAUUUGUAGUGAUUGAAGAUCUAAAAGAAAAUACUGAGAACAUCCCUCGUUGAUACUCAAAAGCACAUUUUUUAGUUUUUAAUGACUAAUAUUGAUCUGAGGAUGACUUUUAUCCCUCCAUAUUUUAUUGCAUCUUAGAUAAUGUUGUCUAAUGGGCCAUAUUUGCUUUAGUGUGAAUCAUAAUGUACUGUAACAUUUGUUCUUAUAAACUACAUAGACAAUGUGAAGCCUUUGGCUAAUUGUACUCACAACAAACCCAUGUCUUUUAACUUUCCAUUACAAUAGUGGGAACACUUGUAUGAAUUAUACAUAUCAAUAAAAGAGGGAAUCUAUACUAA